UGCAAACAAUAACUCUCAAUGUAAUUAUAUUUUCUAAUCAUUAAUUGCUUGUUCAUUAUCAGAUAAUUAUACUUGUAAUUUAAUUUCCAUAAUUGUAAUAUUAAUUCUGACUUAUUCAUGCAGUGAUCAUCAAUGGGCUAAUGUGCAAGAACCCGAAGCUCAUCGAAGCCGAUGAUUUCUCAUUCUCUGGCCUUGACAUUGCCGGAAACACUAAGAACAGACUUGGCUCAAAGGUGACCUUACUGAAUGCUGAUCAGAUAGCAGGUCUGAACACUCUAGGUGUAUCAAUGGCAAGAGUGGACUUAGAAGUUUAUGGACUUAACCCGCCUCAUACUCAUCCAAGAGCUAGUGAGAUCUUUACUUUGUUGGAAGGGAAAGUAUAUGUUGGUUUUAUAACAUCAAUCCCUGAGAACAAGCUCUUCUCUAAAGUCCUAAACAAAGGUGACUCCUUUGUGUUCCCUAAAGGACUUAUUCACUUUGAGUUGAAUAUUGGGAAAACAAAGGCAGUUGGGAUUGCAGCUCUUGGAAGUCAGAAUCCAGGGUUUAAUUCUGUUGCUGAUGCUGUCUUUGGGUCUAAUCCUAAGAUCUUUGAUGAUGUUCUUGCUAAGGCUUUUCAGUUGGACAAGAAGAUUGUGGGCUGGCUUCAGUCCCAGUUCUAGUUUCAAGCAUGCAUGCAUGCUUGCAUGGAGAUUAAAUAAAUUAAUAACUGAUCAAUUAGCAGUGGACGCAUGGUCGGAUAUACGUACAUCAGUAUAGAUACCCCCAUUUAAAUUUAA